AACAACGUCUCCCAGCUCUCCAUACCAAACAUCUGCAUCCUGACCUACCAAGAUGUUGUUUGCUGUGAGCCUCCUCCUGCUGUGUGCCGGAAUCUCUGCUUCUGGAGAUUUUCAUUGCACAUUAAUCCCGGGAAAACUGAAACAGAUUGAUGCCGGCGCAGGUGAAGUGUACGGUGUGAACGAUGGCGAUGACAUUUACCGCUGGGUAAAUAAUGACUGGAUACAAAUUCCUGGGAAGCUCAUCCAUGUUUCCGUUGGACCUGCUGGAGUUUGGGGUGUGAACAAAGACAACGUCAUCUAUAAAUUCCAAGACAAUGACUGGAUGUCUGUACCAGGGUUCUUGAAGCAGGUAGAUGCUGGUGGUGAUAAGUUCUUGGGCGGGGUGAACGCACGAAACAGCAUUUACUGCUUGAGAAGGAGUUGCACUGUUUCAAGAUCUUCUGUUGUACACUUCACCCCACUGGAUGGGUCAGUGAAAUAUUACAGCUGUGGGCCAUUGGGCUGCUGGGGAGUGAACAGCGCCAACUCUAUUUACUUCCGCCACAAUGUCAAACCAACAUCCUGCCUAGGAACCCAAUGGGAGCAUGUUGAUGGCUCUCUGGCGAUGAUAGAGGUCAGCACAGAUGGUUCUGUGUAUGGAGUCAACUCAGCAGGCAGUGUGUACAGAAGGGAUGGAAUCAGUGCUGAAACCCCAACCGGAACAUCCUGGACCGAGCUAGACUUCUGCGUCACUUUCAAACACGUCACUUACGACAACGGCUAUCUGUGGCUUCUCGACCCAACUGGUGACAUCUAUCGAUGUGAAGAAACUGAUUUGGCCAUAACACAAGACCAAGCACAGCGAUCUCUAGUGUGAUCUGAGUCUAGGUGAUUACAUGGGCUGCUCUCUCCGUCUACUCAUUAUUCUGCAAUGAUUAACACCGCCACUAAAAGCUUCUAAUGCUAGCUUGGACUUCCAGCCGAUAACAUAUCUUGUAUCUUGCUUUAAAUAUAUUUGCAUCAAAUAAACUUUUUUCCUAUAAAA